AUGAUUGAAGGAAAUAUUGAAAAGAACAAUGAUAACCAAGUUGCGAUUGUUGGUCUUGGGCUAAGAUUACCAGGUAACUCGGGUUCUCCUUCAGAAUUUUGGAAAAAUUUGCUUGGUGGUUUUGAUGGAAUUGUUGAUUCUAACGAAAGAUGGAGCGACACAUUCCAUAGUAUGGGAGAAAUCUCAAAUAAGAACGCAGGAUUAAUUGAUUUGGAAGAGAAUUGGCAUUCUUUUGAACCAUUGUUUUUUGGAAUCAAUCCAACUGAUGCUAAACAAAUUGAUCCACAAAUUAAAUUAAUGUUAAAGUUAACAUGGGAAGCAUUUGAAGAUGCAUCAAUUGAUCCUUUAAAACUCAGAGGAACCAAUACUUCUGUUUUUGUUGGUGCCGCAAAUACUGAUUAUUCUUUUAUUAAUUUCGAACAAAAUGAAGCACCAAUCAAUGUUUUUAAUGGUACUCUCAGUGCAUUUGCAAAUAGAAUAUCAUAUUGUUUUGAUUUACGUGGUACUUCAUUAACACUUGAUACAGCAUGUUCAUCAUCAUUAAAUGCAGUUCAUUUAGGAUAUGAAUCAAUUGUUAAUGGUAAAUCAAAUUACUCUGUAGUAGCUGGUUGUAAUAUAUUAUUAAAUCCAUAUAUUACUAGAUCAUUUCAUUCAAUUAAUAUUACAGGUAAAUCUGGUAGAUGUAAUUCAUUUGACGAAUCUGCCGACGGUUUUGUACGUUCAGAAGGUGUUGUUGUAUUAAUUUUAAAAAGAUUAUCACUUGCAAUUCAAGAUGGUGAUCAAAUUUAUUGUGUAAUGAAAGGAAGUAGUUCAAAUGUAGAUGGUACUUUUAAGAAAACAAACUUUUUUGCACCUUCAAAAAAUGCACAAUCAACUAAUAUCAAAAAUGCAUUUUUAUCAUCCAAUGGUGCAAUGAAAUAUCAAGAUAUUGAUUUCUUUGAAUUACAUAGUACAGGUACACAAGUAGGUGAUCCAAUCGAAGUUGAAGCUGUUGCUGAUAUUUUUAAAAAUGUUAAACAAGAACCAUUAUUAAUUGGAUCAGUUAAAUCAAAUAUUGGUCAUCUUGAACCUGCAUCAGGUGUAGCAUCAUUAGCAAAAGUUUGUUUAAUGUUUAAACAUCGUCAAUUUGUAAAGAAUAUUCAUUUCAAUAACCCAAAUCCAAAUAUUAAAUUCAAAGAAUGGAAUGUUAAAGUAUGUACAGAAACAACAGCAUUCCCAGAUAGACAAGUAUCAAUGGCAAUCAAUAGUUUUGGUAUAACUGGUUCAAAUGCAUGUGUUUUAUUGUCUGAAUAUAUCAAACCUUCAGAAUUAAAAAAUCAAACAUCUAUGAAAUUAAAUGAAAAAUCAAAAUUAUUAAUACCAAUCUCAACCAACUCAAAGAAGUCACUCGAACAAUUCAAAUCAAAACUACUUGAAGAAAUUGAUACAUAUUCAGAAAGCUUAACUUUUGAAGAGUUUGCAAUGUUUCAAGUUUAUUCAAAAACAACCAAAUUAUCACAAAGAUCAGUUUUAAUUGGUAAUGAUUGGAAUGAUUUAAAAAUUGAUAUAAAUGAAAUUAUUUCAACAAAAAAUAAUAAAUCUGGUAAUAUUAUCAAAUCAAAUGAUAUUAAUCCACCAUUAGUAUUUUCAUUUUGUGGUCAAGGUCCUCAAUAUUCAAAAAUGGGUUUAAAUUUAUAUGAAAAUGAACCAAUAUAUAAACAAUCCAUGGAUAUAUUAGAUUCAAUACUAUUUAAAUAUUUUGGAUAUUCAAUCAUUCAAAAACUAAGAUCAAUUAAUGAUGAUCCAAUUCUAAUUAAUGAACCAAUAUUAGCUCAACCAUCUAUAUUUAUGAUUCAAAUAUCAUUAUAUAAAUUAUAUUUGCAUUGGGGAAUCACACCAUCUAUAAUAGUUGGCCAUAGUUUAGGAGAAGUAGCCAGUGCAUUUUGUUCAGGUAUGAUUGAUUUAGAAACAGCAUGCUUCGUGAUAUAUAAAAGAGCAACCAUUCAAAAUAAAACCAAUGGAUCUGGAAGACUUUUAGCAAUUAGUUUAAAUCUUGAAGAAUUCAAUAAUCAAUUUUCAAAGGAAUAUCCAGAAAUUGAAAUUUCAUGUUUUAACUCACCAUCAUCAAUCGUUGUAUGUGGUAAUGAACUUGAUAUAUUAAAUAUUUCAAAAUCAUUAAAAGAUAAACAAAUAUUCAACUCUUUAUUAGGUACAUCAUCAGCAUUUCAUUCAUCAAAACAAGAUAUAAUCAAAGAUGAAAUCAUAGAAUCAACCAAUCAUAUUCAAUCAAGACCACCUUCUAUAACAACAUUUUCAACAGUCACAUCAAAUAAAUUCGAUAAAAAUACACCUUAUAAUUCAAGUUAUAUAUUUGACAAUUUAAGAAAGCCAGUAUUAUUUCAACAAACAAUUGAAAAUAUAUUCAAACAUAUUGAAUCAAAUGAUUUAGGUAAUUCAGUAAUAUUUUUAGAAUUAUCACCUCAUCCAACCUUAAACCAUUAUGUUAAAGAAAUGAUUCCAAAGAAUUCAAAUUACUUUUUAAACAAAGAUUCAAUAAGUGUAUUAUCAUCAUUAAAUAAGAAAAAAGAAGAUAUUAAUGAAAUUCAAUCAACAAUUUCACAACUUUAUUGUUUUGGUUACAAUGUCGAUUUUAGUGCCCAAUUUAAAUCGGAAAUAACAUCAAAUUCAUUCAAGAAAUGCUCAUAUCUAAUACCACAUUAUCAAUGGGAUGAAUCAUUAUUUUGGAGAGAAGGUAUUUCAUCACUAAACAAUAGAAAGAAUGGAGCACCAAUAAAUCAACUUGGUAAUAAAAAUGAAUCAUCGCCACAUAUAUCAUAUACAUCAUAUAUCGAUAUUAAAGAAGAACCAUUUAGAUUCUUAAAAGAUCAUCAAUUUCGUGGUAAAUCACUUUUCCCAGGAGUUGGUUAUUUGGAUAUUAUUUUAAAACUUUUCCCAAAUCAAGAUUUAACCAUACCACUUUUAGAAUUUAAAUCACAAUUUGUAUUAACUGAAGGUGUAAAAAAAACUCUUACAACUAAUCUCUACAAAAGUGCAAAGAAUGAAUAUAGAGCAACAUUUAAUUUUAAAGAUCAAACAAGUGGUAAAUGGAUCCAAUCUGCAAAUAGUAGAAUUUUAAUGAAAAGUUUAGAUGUAACAGUUAAAAAAGUUGAUGUUCAAUCAAUACGUGAUCAAUGUAAUUGGUCAACUUUGAAAAGAGAACAAUUAUAUGAUUUAAUUAAAAAUUAUGCAAACAUUUCACUAUUAGAACCAUUUCAAAGAAUUGAAGAAGCUUCAUAUGGUGAUAAUAGAUGCUUGUGUAAAGUUUCAUUGGAUCCAACUUCAAGCUAUGAUAAUGAAUCAUUUUUAAAUAUUUGCAUUAUUGAUACAUGUAUACAUCCAUGUAUUUUCUUUGAUAACCCAGCUUCGUCUGUUUUUGAAAGAAUUGAACAUUUAAAAAUUUAUUCUUCAAGUGUUCCAUUAACUGCAGAAGAUAGAGUGAAGCAACAAUACGUUUACUGUUAUGCUGAGCUUAUUAAACAAUUUAGUGAUUUUAUUUAUUUUAAAACAACUUGCUUCUUAAAAGAUGGCACUGUUCUAUUACAUUCUCCAUUGGUAACAAUUGCAUCUACACUAUCAACAAAAAGUGAAACUGAUCUUGAAUGUCCAAACAAUCAAUUAUUUUCACAAUGUCUUCAACCAAAAGAUUCAAUUUUACAAUCACCAUUAAUAUUGAAAGAACAUUUUAAUCAACAACUUCAACUUCAACAAUCAAAUAUCAUUUCAAUAUCUACCCUAUCUACAUAUCUUUUUUCCAUAUUAAAGAAAAGAUUAAAUAACCUAACCGUUGAUGAAUUUCAAAAUAAUUCACUUGAACAGUUGAUUGAAAAAUAUUCAUAUGUCUUGGAUGAGGUUGAAGUUGGUACUAUCAGAUCCAAUUUAAUCCUCUUAACAAUCAACUUUUUAUUAACACAUCACAAACAUAUUGAUCAAAACCAAGUUUCAAACUUUCUCUUGAAUAACAUUCCAAACGAAUUAUUAGUAGUUGACACUAUUGUUUCAAAUAAAGGUAUUUCACAUAUUGGUAUUUAUCAACAUCAAUUAAUUUUAGAUAUAAUUUCAAAAUCAAUUAUUCCAAUCGUAAAUGAAAAAAUAGUUUUUAGAAUUUUAGAAAUUGGAUGUGGUGUUGGUGAAUUAACUAAACUAAUCAAUGAUAAUUUAGAAUCAAUUUUAAAUGAUAAUCCAUCAUAUAACAUUGAUAUAGAAUUUGUAUUUUCAGAUUAUACCGAUUCAAAAGUAUUAUUAAUUAAAGAAAGAUUAUUUAAUUCAAAAAAGAGUUGUUUCUUUAAAAUUAUUGAUUUAAACAAACAAUUACAAGAACAAUCAUUUUCACCAUCUUAUUAUGAUUUAAUUAUUCUAUCAAAUACAACAAAUCAAAUUAAAGAUAUUAAAACAUCAAUUUCAUUUAUAAAUGAAAUUUUAACUCCAAACGGUCAUUUGUUAAUUUUAGAUACAAAUUUCAUUCAAACAUCAAUAGAUGAAGAUUAUUAUUUAGAAAACUACAAACAAUGGUUAUCAUUUAAUUAUUUAAAUUCUGGUAGUGGUGCAAUGAAACUAAAUCAAUGGAAUCAAUUAUUAAUAAAUGAUUUGAAAUUUAAUAAUUUCAUAUGUUCAACAGGUGAAAUUGAACCAUAUUUAAUUCAAGUUCAAAAACCAAAUCUAUCAAAUUCAAUUAAUUCAGUUAGUAAAGAGCAUACAUCUGAAUAUGAUCAAAUUAUAAUUUUUGGUACUUGCGAUGAAAUUAAUAUUGGUUCUUCUUUCUGUGGUAGUGGUGGCGUGGUUCCAAUAGCAAUAAAUUCAAUUGAUAAAUUCAAAGAACAUGCCAAAUUACAACCAUUAACUGAUAAAUCAUUAAUAUUAUUUAUUGAGUCAGUAAAUCUAUUAACAGUUGAUAACUUUAAUCAAGUCUCAAUGAACUAUAUAGAAAUCAAUCAACAUUUAUUAAAAAAUGAAAUUUCAGGUUGUAAACAUAUUUUAAUUUCAAGAAAUAUAAACUUUGAAACUUCAAACUUAUUUGGAUCAUCGUUAAUUGGUUCAUUUAGAUACUUUUGUGAAUUCAAUCAAUUAAAUAUUUAUUCAUUUGAAUUUGAAGGUAAUAAUAUUCUUAGUGGUGGUGAUAAAUUAUUUAAUAUUAUUCAAGAAUUAUCAAAUUCAAAUAAACAUUCACAAAAUGAAUUUUCAAUUAGAAGUGAUGGUAAAAUUUAUUAUGAAAGAAUUAAAUUAGAAUCAAAUUUAAAAUUAAAAUAUAAAUCAAAAUCAUAUAUUGAAAAUAAAAAUGAAUUAGUUUCAAGAUUAAAACCAGAUUUAACGUUUGCAUUAGAAGCAGUAUUACCAUUGAAUCCAAAUUUCGUUGAAGUUAAAGUAAUGGCAAGUGGUGUUAAUUUUAAAGAUUUCUUAGUUUAUCGUCAAUUAAUUAAUAUGGCAAAUUCAAAUGAAAAUGGUGAUCCUUCAAAACCACAAUUUGGAUAUGAACUAAGUGGAAUCGUUACCAAAGUCGGUAAGAAUGUGACCAAAUUCAAAGUUGGUGAUCAUGUAAUGGGAGUUACUUUUCAUACAUUUUCAUCAAGUGUUCAUGUAGAUCAAGACAGAAUCGAAUUAAAACCAUCAAACAUUUCUUGGUUUGAAGCAUCAAUCUCAUUGGUUUAUUUAACUUCAUAUUGUAGUUUAUUCGAACUUGGUAGAUUAGGUUUACAUGGUUCGACUGAAACAGUUUUAAUUCAUUCAGGAAGUGGUGGUAUUGGUUUAUCUUGUAUCGAUUUAUUACAAGUAUAUGGAUUUAAAGGAUUUUUAUUUGUAACUGUAGGUUCUGAAGAAAAGAAACAAUUUUUAAAAGAUCGUUAUGGUAAUUUCAUCACAGAGAUUUAUUCAACUAAAAAUACAGACUAUGAAUAUUUAAUUAAAGAGAAAUUAAUUGAACUAAAAGCACCAUCUCAAGAAUAUGGUGGUUUUUCAAUGAUUUGUGUGGAUUUAAUUAUUAAUACUUUAUCAGCAGAUUAUAUGGAUGCAAACUUUAAUUGUCUUUCACAAGGUGGUAGAAUUAUAGAUUUAUCAAUCACUCAUAUGACAACAACAGAUACAACCGAUUUUUAUAAAUUUAAAAAUCAUAUUGGUUAUAUGACUUAUGAAUCUGUCAUUGCUGGUUUUAGAAAACAUAAACAUGUAUUGAAAAUUAUUGUUGAUUUAUUAGCAAGUGGUAAAUUAAAAACUAUACCAUUCAAUGUAUAUCCAGUAACAAAAAUUAAAGAAGCAAUUGAAUCACUUGGUGAUAGAAAACAUAUUGGUAAAAAUAUUGUAAAUUUCAACGAUCCUGAAGGAAUUGAUUUAAUUGAUUGUCCUGAAUUUUCAAAUAAUCACAACUUUAUCCAUCGUUCAUCAAAUUAUAAAAUUCAUCAAGAUACUUUAGGUCAAACAAUAUUAAUAACAGGUCAAGCAGGUCUUUCAGAUACAAUCAUAAAAUGGAUAAGAGAAAAAAGAUCAGAUUCUAUUGAAUCAAUAAUAGUAUUAUCAAAAUCACCAAUUAAAUUUGAAUUAGAAAGAGCAAUUGGUAGAAUAAGAUCAACAAAUUUGAAAAUCUAUUUUAAACAAGUUGAUAUUUCAGAUGAAAAACUUUUAUUAAAAACAAUUAAUCAAUUAUUUGAAGAAAAUAAAGAUAUUAAACCAAUUGAAUCAAUAUUCCAUAAUGCAUUUUCACCAGCAGAAUGUGAACCAUUAGAGAUUGAUAUGAAUCAUUUAAUUAGCUCUCAUUCUGCAAAAUCGAUGGGUGCCUACAAUUUACAUAAACUUUCAUUAAAUUGGCCAAUAAAACAAUUUGUUUUAUCAAGUUCAGUAACAUCAAUUUUAGGAUCACAACGUCAAUGUGGUUAUGUAGCUUCAAAUUGCUUUAUAGAUGCAUUAUCAAGACAUAGAAAAUCAUUAAAUCUACCAUGUAUUUCAAUCAAUUGGGGUCUAUUGGGAGGUGGUGGUUUUGCUGCACGUAAUGAUGCUGUUUUUAAAUUAUUUGAAUUACAAGGUUUGGUUGGUAUUUCAAAAGAUUUAGUUUGGGGUAGUUUAGAUUUACUUUUACAAAAUCAAAACGAAUCAACAAAUAAAAUGGUUGCAUCAUUUGAAUUCCACGCUACUUGUAAAACAUACAAAAAUCAUAAACUAUCAUAUAAAUUAGAUUACUUUUUAAAUCCAAUCAUAUCAAAAGAAUCUGUGACUGACGAAAAAGAAUUUUCAAUUAGACAAGAUAUCGUUGAUAAAUUUGCAUCACUACUUUCAACUGAUCAAUCCAAACUCAAUUUAGAUAUAAAGGUAAUUGAUUAUGGUGCUGAUUCAUUACUUGUUGUCGAAGUUAAAAAUUGGGCUGAUAAUAAAUUUACUAGAAAUAUAUUAUCCAUGCCUGAAAUUCAAAACUCAACAAUUAAUCAAAUUAUUAAUAUCGUUACAACAAAAGUAUCAAAUUUACCUUCAAAGAAAAAAUAA